AUGGCGUCCAAAGCAUCCAAGAUCGAAAAGGCCCAGGCUAACCUGCCCCUCCCCGAGCAACCCCCGACCGCCUCCGAUUUCAACUCAGCCGAUGCCAGAACCACCGCCAGCACUGGCGUUUCAGCAGGUGACAUCUCUACUGGUCCAGGCACAACAACUGGUCUCCGCGAGCCUGCGACCAAGGCUUCGGAGGAUGUUGAUAUGAGUAAGAUUGGUCGCCAGGGGAAGGACGGGCUGAACGAGCCGCCAAAGGAUGCACGGGCAUAA